GGAACGCUACCGCGCCUGACGUCAGGCCCUCUCGCCCACGCGUAUUUACUCCCCGCUAGCUAGCUCCCCCUCGCGUUCGCCCACGCGGACCCUGGAGCUGGCAGAUAGGGCGAACCUCCAUCCCUCUCCUAAGUCCCGGCACGCCACACACAUACACACACACGUCGAUCGGAAGCGGGUUGUGGCCACCGAGGAGCGAGUUCUGAGGUGAGACUGGGAGACGACUGACUGCGCCGCGGCGCGGUCUGACGAGCUUGCCACCGUGUGCCGCUUCCAUCCAUCCUCGCGGUGGACGAAGUAGAAAAAGAAAUCCUUAACCUCGGUCUGCUGACAUCUCGUGCCCUUCUCCUCCUUCUCGGUAUUAAGUCAGACCAGACCGAGAGUUAUCCGAGAGAUUCCGGCGCCUUCGAGGCCUAAUAGCAGGUUUCCGGUUAACGGGCAGAUUAUCCGUUUAUACCACGCCGUCAAGACGUGAUGAAUGCCUGCAUGCGUACCGAGAGAUCCUCGCUGAACAGACGUAGGUAGUGAACGACGUCGCCACGAAUACUCCCAGUCUUAUGCGCCGUCGCAUGUACAUACCGGCAUAUUCGAAGAGACUAGGAACAUCAGUGAUUGUGUCGUACCUGCGUACGACGCUCGUUGCCUAUUGUCAGCCCGUUAGCUUGCUUACCGACGAAGAUUGCAGUAUAGUCAGCGGCCUCCUCGGUACUCGCAUCUAUACGCAGAAUGACACCCAUAUCGAGGACCUGGGGAUCCCUAUCACAUGCAAGACCGCAGAGAAAAACAAACCCGGCCUCCUCGAUACUUGUCCUCGCUGUUGCGGCCCCUGAGCCAGCGGAUGAGUACGUGGUUGUGCCUAUUUAUAAGCAUAUCUCUGAGUAAACGAACCAACCACAGGCAAGGUAGGAAGAACCACCAUGUCCGAGUAGACCAGUCAGUUAGCUCGGCCAACCCGAGCAACGCCAAAGUAGCUGUGCGAUCUAAUAGCUUCAUACCCUACCACGCAGCCUCGAGUAUUAGAGAACAGGCAGGCUGAAUUAGAGGCGGCGGUCCCAGCAUAUCAACCACCAAUCAUGUAUCCAUUUGCAUCCCCAUUCACGCCCAUCUAUCGUCUAGGUCCGCCUAUCUACUUGUAUCUCACGAGAAAGAGGAGGUGCAUAGACGGGCGCCUUCAUCUCUGAACAGUCAUCCGGCGCCCGAAUCCAAUUCCCCUCCCCUCGCCUCUCAGACCUGUUUCCCUUGAUAUUGAGUGGGAUAGGCAAGACAAGUAAGCAAGCCAGCAAUACCUAGAGCUAAGAGAAGGGUCGCAGAGGGCCAAACGCUACGGGCCUAAGCUUCGCUGCAGGCGAUAGAAAUGCGUACGUCGAGCCGUGCUGGGCGGUCCUUGUGAGGGGGGGGGGGGGGGGGGGGG